AUGCCGCAACCGUAUGGGUCGGGAACCGGAGCGGCGGACCAGAUGCUGCGAUGGAACGGUAUGGGUGAUGGGACUGGCUUUGUCGAUGGGAAUGCGCACAUCGGCAACUCGUACGGUCUAGUCCCGGCCCAGCCGCAGUAUCCCCAAGCGGUUCCGAAUGCAACCAACUCCAUCGCCCGGCGACAGACAAACCGGGCUCUCGUGCCGACCAACCCACGCCCAAAUUUUGAUGCGUCCGCUGAUCCGUGGGGCAACUUUGUGGGAGACGAGAACUCUCUUCUCCAGCAGAACUCCACUGAGACUCUGACUGAACAGGAGAAUCUCGAGCUGUUGGAGGAGAUGGCCUCCAAGGCCAAGCGAGAGUCCCAAGCGAAGCGCAAACAGAUUCCUCCAUUUGUGCAGAAACUCAGCAGUUUUCUCGAGGAGCGCAAGAAUGAAGACUUGAUCAGAUGGUCGGAGAAAGGUGACUCUUUCAUCGUUCUCGAUGAAGAUGAGUUCGCCAAGACUUUGAUUCCAGAGUUGUUCAAGCACAACAACUAUGCGUCAUUCGUCAGGCAACUGAAUAUGUACGGGUUCCACAAGCGCGUGGGUCUGUCUGAUAACUCGAUGCGGGCGAGUGAACGUAAGAACAAGAGCCCCAGCGAGUACUCCAACCCGUACUUCAGGCGAGGCCACCCCAACUUGUUGUGGUUGAUCAACAAGCCCAAGGGCGGAAGCAAGGCCAAGAAGGGCAACAAGAACGGUGAGGGAGACAAUGAUAGCGAGGAAGAAGUCGGACCUGAAGAGGUUCUCGGUCAAGGGCUGGGCACUUCCAACAUCCCGACGGGGAGGUCUCUUCCUGCCGCCGAUUCUCAACCAAUGCCGAAGAAGGAGAUGGUUGUCAUUCGAGAAGAGCUGACCAAGGUGCGCGAGCAACAAAAAUUGAUUCUCAACGCCAUCAACCGCCUACAACGAAACAACAACGACCUGUAUAGCCAGGCCGUCAUGUUCCAGAACCAACACGACCGACACCAGAACUCGAUCAAUGCUAUUCUCAACUUCCUCGCCAAUGUUUUCAGGAAGACAUUGGAGGACCAGGGAAACACGCAGAACGUCAGCGACAUCAUCUCGAGCAUGAUCUCGAACCAGGGGCAGCAGUCUGCUCAACACAGCAGCGUCAUCGACCUGGGAGAUUUCAUCCAAGCUCAGAUGGACCCAAACGCGGCUUCGUUUGGAACCCCACACAAGAAGACCCGGGGAUUGCUUCCACCAAUCCCCAACCAGAACAAUCGAUCCCAAUCGCAAGGUCAAUCUUCAACCCCGUCAAUGAGGACUCCGUCUGUGGGUAGCAGCUCGUAUCAACCCGUCAACCAUCAUAACCCGGAGAUGGGCCAUGUCACAGAGCUUGUUGAGGGAUCCCCUACAGACACGACUUCACCCAGUCUUCGUCAGGAGUUGGAGGCAAAUCCUCACGAGCGGAUGAUGAAAAUCAUCAACGACCACAACGCAACCAACUCGCAUGGACUAGAUCUCCCCGAGGCUGCUGAGCUGGUGGCCAAUGCACCCAACACAUUGAACCAUGACCAGAGAAGCAAGCUUGUCAACUUCAUGGCCGGCCAGUCUUCGUCCGCUUCAUCCAGGUCUAUUCCCGUCACUUCCAACCCCUCUAUGGACCUACCACCCAUGCCCUCGAACUCGGUUUCUCCACCCCCUAUUGAAACCAACACUGCCCCAUCGCUCUCACCUAUCAUGCAACCUCCCAUGGCUCCACCCUCAUUACACCAGAUUGGCUCGAACCAGGUCGACUUGGAAACGCUCCAACGCUUGCAGAGCGAACAGGAUGCCAAGAUCAGCGAGCUGGGUUCGUUGCUUGGGCCUCUUAGCCCCUCUGGACACAUCCCAGGUCUGAGUGAAAACGCCGAGUACUUUGAUCCUCCCCCGGUGGACCUCGACCAGUACUUUGAUAGCAACGCGUUCCUCAACGACAGCCACUUUGGUGGGGAUGGCAAUGAUUUCAACUUCACCCUUGACCCUGACCCGGACAACAACUCGCUGAAGCCUAACCGGGACCUUGGCGGAGGCGGCAGCAACAAUACCCCAAGCCCUGCUGGGACUGAAGAGAUCCCUCGGGGUGACUUGGGGUUUGAUGGCAGUCCUGAUCGUGGUGUUAAGCGACAACGUGUGGGCUAA